AUGGGCUAUGAUACAUUUCUAACGGAAGGCGGUGGCAAGUUGUCAGGUGGACAGAAACAGCGUUUGGCCAUCGCACGAGCCCUUAUUCGAGAACCAACGAUUCUUCUACUCGACGAAGCAACUUCAGCCCUGGAUAACAAGUCAGAAAAGGUCGUUCAAGCCGCCUUUGACAGGGCCUGUCGUGGUCGAACUGUCAUCAUGAUUGCUCAUCGUCUCACUACCGUUCGAAAUGCUGAUCGAAUUGUUGUGGUGGAUCGUGGAGUAGUUCAAGAGAUGGGUACUCACGAUGAACUAGUAGCUAAAGGUGGAAUCUACGCUGGAAUGCUUGCUAAACAGCCCCAAUAUGAAGAAAAGUCUGAAGAGUCUGAUACCGAAACAGAAGACACCAGCAGUGAAGAUGAAAAAUCCGUUAAGGGCCUACAUCGAGGAAUUUCGUUGCGCGCUUCUAAAGUUUCCAAAGACGAUAGAACUGAAUCUAUGUUUUCUGAUGUGACAACCUCAGUGGUGACAAGUAAACCAGCUCUUCUUGAAGCAAUUCAGAUGAAUAAGCCGGAAUAUCCUUACCUUAUAUAUGGUCUUGCGGCGAUUUGCUUGGGUGGCGUAUGUCUUCCCUCCUUUUCUCUUGUCUACGCCGAAGUUUAUAACGUAUUUUUGAUGCCAAAUGGACCGGAAAAGCGAGAUAGAGCUUCUUUUCUAUGUGGAAUGUUCGCAUUACUGGGUUUCCUUCGACUUUUCUUUGAAUCUACUGGGAAUGCAGCACUUGGUGUUUCCGGAGCUCGACUUACCAUGCGUACUCGAAAGCUAUUCCUCCAAGCCAUUCUAAAUCAGGAAGUUGGAUGGUUCGAUCAUCCAGAUAACCAACCAGGAAUCCUGACAGCUCGAUUGGCGACAGAGGUACAGAGUCUUCAUCGAGUCACUGGUACGCAGCUGGGAAUCUUCUUGGAAGGAAUGGCACUGGUGAUUUCAGCUCUGGCUAUUGCCUUUACCUACAACUGGAAGUUGACUCUUAUCGCUCUCGCUUUUGUACCGGCUCUCUUCCUAGCUGGAACGCGUCAACUAAGUGGAGGAGUUGGUCAAAAUCAAGUUGAAGGUGCUAAUGUGGCUCAAGAGGCGUUUGCUUCCAAUCGAACUGUCGCAGCCCUGGGCUUGGAGGAGUUCAUUUACCAUAAAUUCCGCCAGGAAUCUAAAACGUCAAUCAAAAUUUUUUCUGCAGUGAAUUUUGCUGCUCAGGGUCUCGGUCGAGCCGCUACAUUUGCACCUGAUUUCACGCAAGCAGCUCAGAAAAUCAAGAAAACGCUCCAAACAAUUCACCGAGAGACAAGGAUGGAUGUUAAUGAAGGGGAAUUUCCACUCGGUCCACCAAAGGGAAGAUUCGAAUUUAGGAAUGUUCACUUCCGCUAUCCUACAAGAAGGAAACACCGUGUUCUUAGGAAUUUCACUCAUAUGGUGGAACCGGGUACUUCUACUGCAAUGGUGGGUCCUUCUGGUUGCGGAAAAUCUACAGUCCUUCAACUAGUUCAACGUCUCUAUGAUGUGGAUAAUCGUGGAGAUGACAGUGGUAUCUUCUUGGAUGGCCGCGACUUGCGUUCCCUCGCUCCUGCCUGGAUUCGUGAACAGAUAGGCGUUGUAUCACAAGAACCUAAUCUUUUCAAUCUUUCCAUUAAAGAAAACAUUGCCUAUGGAUGUAAAGAUGAACCACCAAUGGAAGAAAUUAUAGAAGCCGCAAAGCAGGCUAACAUUCAUGAUUUCAUUUCAACUUUGCCUGAUGGCUACGAUACAAACGUGGGAGCAGGAGGUUCUCAGCUUUCCGGUGGACAAAAGCAGAGGGUAGCUAUUGCUCGCGCACUUAUUCGAAAACCAAAGAUUCUCCUUCUUGAUGAAGCUACAUCAGCUCUCGAUGUGGACAGUGAACGAAUUGUUCAACAGACAUUGGAUGAAGCUAUGCGUGAGGCUAAUGGUGGUAGAACUUGCUUCGUUGUUGCACAUCGUCUAACAACUGUGAUGAACUGUGAUGAGAUUGUUGUCCUUAUGGGUGGAAAACGUGUGGAAUAUGGCCCUCCCAAUGCUCUUCUCCAGCUGAAAGGCGCCUUCUAUGAGCUGCAUAAUGCAAGCGGAGGGGCUAUUUCAGACCACUAG